AUGAGGUUGUUCAAACAAUCGUUUUGGUUUGCUACCAGUGCAAUCUCACUCCUUGCAGCUCAUGUAGAAGCUCGGUCGCAGGAGCCAAAUGCUAUUCAGCGUAUAUCGACUCUAGAUCAUCCUAGAAUUCAUACCUCCUCCCAUCAAGUCGAUCACCUUUCUCAUUUCGAUGUCACUUUCAACCUGCGUGACAAGAAUCAACGAAUAAAACUAGAAUUAGAACCGAACCAUGAUAUCCUGGCCGAAGACGCAUAUGUGCAGUAUUUGGAUCGCCAUGGAAACAUUCAACGUGAAGAGCCCAUCGAGCGACAUGAACACAAGGUCUUCAAAGGCCGUGCGUUGGUUGGGAGAGGGAAAGGCAUGUGGGAUCCUGUAGGAUGGGCCCGGAUUUACUUGAAGAAUGACGGAUCGCAACCGCUAUUUGAAGGAGUUUUCAGCGUCCACGACGAUAAACAUCAUGUCGAGUUGAAAUCAACAUACCUGCAAAAUAAACGUCAGCAAGAUGUGGACAUCCCAGACCGGAAAGGUGAAUACAUGGUCUUCUAUCGGGACUCUGAUAUGAUCCGGGAACUGCACACCGACUUGAAGCGCUCAUUCCCCGUUUCCUCGUCGUGCCAAGCCGACAAACUCAGCUUCAACGCCGACCCAAGUCACCCGAUUCUCCAAUUCGAGGAGGACAUGAGUCAAUGGGGUGCUAUGUCUCUCAAUUCACUGUUCGGACUCACCAAGCGGCAAUCUGACACUGGGGGUGUCUCGGGUAACAGUGGUGGUGUGAGCUUGAAGUCGACCAUUGGUGAUACGUCUGGUUGCCCCGACACCAAGAAAGUCGCGUUGAUCGGUAUCGCUACGGACUGUGGCUUCACCGGCUCGUUUGAUGACAAAGAAGCCGCCCAAAAAUGGAUCAUAAAUACUGUCAACAGCGCAUCGAACAUCUAUGAGAAGUCCUUCAAUAUCUCCAUCGGCCUACGCAAUCUAACCAUCACCGAAAAGGAUUGCCCACAAACUCCUCCCGCUUCAGCAGAGUGGAACAUGCCAUGUUCCGAGGGGAAUAUCUCAUCUCGACUGGAUAAGUUUUCCAAGUGGCGUGGGCAGCAAAAAGAUAGCAAUGCUUAUUGGACCCUGAUGAGCAACUGCCCCACAGGCAGCGAGGUUGGGUUGGCAUGGCUUGGGCAGUUGUGUAAUGCAGAUGUUGUAUCAGAUGCUGCGAACGCAGUCAGUGGCACCAACGUCGUCGUCCGCUCCUCCGGUGGUGGAUGGCAGAUCUUUGCGCAUGAGUCGGGCCACACGUUCGGAGCGGUUCAUGAUUGUGAUACCCAGACAUGUGGGCAAAAUCUCGAGGCAUCAUCGCAAUGCUGUCCUUUAACUGCAUCCUCCUGUGAUGCAAAGGGGCAGUAUAUUAUGAACCCCACUACGGGCACAGAUAUCACCGAGUUUUCCAAGUGUACAAUCGGGAACAUUUGCUCGGCCCUGGGUCGCAACAGCGUCAAGUCCAGUUGCCUUUCCGACAACAGAGGGGUCACCACCUAUACUGGCCAUCAAUGUGGUAAUGGCAUUGUUGAGUCGGGCGAAGACUGUGAUUGUGGCGGGGAAGAGUCCUGUGGAGAAAACAGUUGCUGUGAUGCCAAAACGUGUAAGUUCAAGAGCGGCGCGGUUUGCGAUGACGCCAAUGAUAGCUGCUGCUCGAAAUGCCAAUUCUCUUCUGCUGGAACUGUCUGUCGAGCCAGCCGUGGCGAAUGCGAUGAGGAAGAAACGUGCAGCGGCUCGUCGAGUACUUGCCCUUCUGACUCCUUCAAGAAAGAUGGAACGAAAUGUGGUGAUUCCUCAGCCGGCCUGACUUGCGCCAGCGGACAGUGUACUAGUCGAGAUUACCAGUGUCGGUCCGUCAUGGGUAGCUUGCUGCAUAGCAACGAAACGUAUGCUUGUUCUGCAUAUGGCUCGUCUUGUGAAGUGGUCUGCUCCUCUAACACAUUUGGUCAAUGCUAUGGGGUCAACCAGAACUUCUUGGACGGCACCCCUUGUAGUGGUGGUGGCCAUUGCAAGAACGGAAAAUGCGAUGGUUCUAGUGUCAAAGGCUGGAUUGAUGACCACAAGAACCUAGUCAUCGGCGUUGCGUGUGGUGUUGGGGGGCUGAUUGUUCUGUCCAUUCUGUGGUGCUUGAUCAACCGUUGCCGUCGGGCACGACCGAGUGCAAAGCCCAUGCCACCGCCUGCCGGUCCAUAUGGACCUUGGGCUCGCCCUAUGCAGCAACCGAUCCCUAUGAAUCAGUGGUCGAAUGGGCCGCCGCGCGGAUAUCAGGGGCUUGCAGACCCUCCGCCGCCAUAUCCGCCCCCAGCGUAUGGUAACCAAGCACCUCGAUAUGCUUAA